AUGACUGACAACAAGGACGAGCUCGUGCAGAGAGCCAAGCUUGCCGAACAGGCCGAGAGAUACGAUGACAUGGCUCAGUCCAUGAAGAAAGUCACCGAGCUUGGAGCUGAAUUGUCCAAUGAAGAACGCAAUCUUCUUUCCGUUGCCUACAAGAAUGUCGUUGGAGCUAGAAGAUCCAGCUGGAGAGUUAUUUCUUCCAUUGAACAGAAGACCGAAGGAUCCGAGAAGAAGCAACAGAUGGCUAAGGAAUACCGAGAGAAAGUUGAGACCGAGCUUCGCGAAAUCUGCGAAGAUGUUCUUAAUCUCCUUGACAGGUUCCUCAUCCCUAAGGCCGGAAACCCAGAAUCCAAGGUCUUUUACCUCAAGAUGAAGGGAGAUUACUACAGGUAUCUCGCUGAAGUUGCUUCUGGAGAAGAUAGAGCCUCGGUUGUCGACAAGUCGCAGCAGUCAUACCAGGAGGCCUUUGACAUCGCCAAGGACAAGAUGCAGCCUACUCACCCUAUCCGUCUUGGUCUUGCUUUGAACUUCUCCGUGUUCUACUACGAAAUUCUCAAUGCUCCAGACAAAGCCUGUCAAUUGGCUAAACAGGCUUUCGAUGAUGCUAUUGCUGAGCUUGACACCCUCAAUGAGGAUUCUUACAAGGAUUCCACCCUCAUCAUGCAGCUCCUCAGAGACAACUUGACUCUCUGGACUUCCGAUGCCGGUCCCGAAGGUGAAGCAGAUCCAGAUGAAGCCAACUAA